GAUAAAGUACAUUUUUUUACGACCGUUACGUCAGAGAUAAUACCGAAAAAAUAGUGCAGUUGUGCAUCAAUUAUCAAAUCGGUAUUCACUGACCGUUUGGCACAAGAAGGUGUAUCACUCAGUUUGCUGUGACACUCUCAUAAUGGCAAAUAUGCACCUCUAUAGUUUUGCCCUCACGAUUUGUAGCUGUUUCGUAGGAUUGUCAGCAUUCUCUAAAGCGGUCGACGAUACAGCAUUACGUCUUUAUUUCCGGAAUAACACUUAUAUACAGGUCAAUGCCGCGAACGCUACUCUACUUGUACCGCAUCUGAACUUGACUGAAAAGACGCUGUUGCAUUGCCACGGAUAUGAACAAUCAACAGAUUCUGAAACUGUUAAGAAGUUAAUAAAUGAUUACUUACUCGGUUUCACUUACAAUAUCAUAGCAAUAGAUUACAGAAAUAUUUCAACGGCAUUCUAUCCAACGGCGGUUCUGCUGUCCAAUAGUGUGGCUGAAGUUGUAGCUAACAGUAUAAUUGAUAUGAGGAACGCCGGGGUACGCGAAGAACAAUUUUUACUAACCGGAUUUUCAUUAGGUGGUCAAAUUGUUGGUGCCAUUGGACGCAAUUUAAAUUUCACACUCCCUGAAAUAAUAGCAAUAGAGCCUGCCGGGCCUCUUUACGGAUUCCCUGAAAUGUCCAUAUCUGCUAGUAGCGCGAGUUGCGUCAAGUGUAUUCACACUGAUAUGUAUCUUUAUGGAACUUCUUACGCCUGUGGUCACAUAGACUUUUAUCCCAACGGUGGGACUAGAGAACAACCUGGAUGCAAAUUAUUCUCAUUAUGCGAUAUUACUAAUUCGUGCAGUCAUAGCAGAGGUGACACGUAUAUGGGAAUAUCAGUGUUAAACCCGAAAGGUUUUCUCAGUGUAAAAUGUAAUAGUUGGGAAGACUUUAAGGACGGAAGAUGCGACAGGUCCGUUAUAAUCCCGAUGGGAAAAGCUGCACCGUGCAAUGUCACAGGUAAAUUCUACUUGCAGACAGGAUCAUCGUAUCCUUAUGCGUUGGGAUUGAAGGGAACAAGAUACCAAUCUGAAUAAGGCUGCUUUCGGUGCAUUUAACUUUAUAUCAAUUCCUAUAUUGUUCAAUUAAUUAGUUUGUCAAUUUCAGUUUUUCCUUUUGUUUCUGUUUCCACUAAACAAAUGCAUGAUCUAACUUGUUUACUUUUAUUUCUUAACCACUUAUUUGACUGGUUACGGUAAGAAAAAUGUCGGAAUGAUAGUAUAAAGCAUUGUAAAUAUUGAAAUUAUAAAAUACGAUCAUAGAAAAAUUGUUUUUUUCUCA